AUGUUUCGUUCAUUGUAUCAGAAGUACCCGCUGCAUGAGCUGCAGUGUCCUCGUGGUCUCCGGGAGACGGACUUCCUGCUCCUGCUCAGGUCCACCUUCCCUCAGCUGGCGGCCGACUUUGAGUUCUUCACGACCGACAGGAGCAGGAAGCUGCACCCGCUGAAGGUCAAGAAGCUGACGCCGGAGGAGAUCCGGAGCAGCAUCAGGUCCAACGGAACCUCCGCCCUCUACAUCCGACUGAAGGAGCAGCGGACUGUCUCGGUUAGGAACUCACGACAGGUGAUUCAGAAGCACGAGGAGCCCCAGGUCUCUACUGAAGAGUUUCUUCCUCCACAGGGUGGAGCUGCUGCUGCUGCUUCUCCGUCCGGUCGCUCAGGAGUUCAGUCUCACAGGCGCAGGACUCUGAUCAAGGGAACACGGAACCGCGUCACUCUCAAGCUCCGCAUCCUGGAGGACCCAGACACCAGAACGCUCUCAAAUGAUGUGUAUCGGAUGAGCCCGCUGCACCAGCUGCAGUGUCCUCUGGGUCUCAAGGAGUCCAACUUCCUGCGCCUGCUCAGGUCCACGUUCCCUCAGCUGGCUGGAGAUCAACCGUUUGACGUCUUCACGUAUGAUAGAUACAGGAAACUUCAUCCUCUGAGGAUCAAGGUUCUGACGCCAGAGGCGAUCAGGAGGAGCAUCACGUCCUGUGGCCGUGCUUUCCUCUGCAUCCGACUGAGGAGCCGAGAGGAGCAUCUUCCAUCCCCUGCUGAUCCAACCAACCUGAACACCAGCGUCCAGUCUGACAGGAAGAAGGUGGGCAGACCUAGUCGCAGCUUACACGAGCCUUUGGAUUUCAAGAUCCGCAUCCUGGAGGACAGGCAGCUCAGCAGGUUCACGAAGAACGUGUCUUGGAAGUUCCCGCUGCAGCAGCUGCAGUGUCCUCGGGGUCUCAAGAGGAGGGGCUUCCUGCACCUGCUCAGGUCCACCUUCCCUCAGCUGGCUGGAGAUAAACCUUUUGACUUUGUGAAGUCCGACAGAGGAAAGAAUCUUCUUCCCCUGAGGGUCAAGACGCUGACGCCAGAAGAGCUCCACAGGAGAAUCUGCUACCAUGGACGUUCACCCCUCUACGUUCGGCUGAAGAAACCAAACCAGCACAUGAGACAAACCAGACUGAGCAGUUGCAACAAUCAAUCCAGCAGCUCAACGUUACAGGGACGAGAAGACGAGAAGAUUGAAACAAAGGAAAACGGUAACAAGUCGCUGGAUCUGUGGUCUUUGCUUGUUUCUGGCAGCAAGAGGAAAGAAGACAAGACGAUGAAGGAAGACAAAGAUUGGAAACCAGUCACAAGUCAAAAGAAUCGGAGGAAAAGAGAGUCAGAGAAGACACAGCGGCUGGAAUUCAACCGUCCAGGCACCAGAAGGAAGAGGAGGCGAAUCCUGUCGUCUCCACCGACCGCGUCUUCACGGGCUUCAUCUUCACAGGCUUCAUCUUCACGGGCUUCUCCUUCACGGGCUUCAUCUUCACGGCUUCAUCUUCACGAGCUUCAUCUUCACGAGCUUCAUCUUCACGGGCUUCUCCUUCACGGGCUUCUCCUUCACGGCUUCAUCUUCACGAGCUUCAUCUUCACGAGCUUCAUCUUCACGGGCUUCUCCUUCACGGGCUUCUCCUUCACGGGUUUCAUCUUCACGGGCUUCAUCUUCACGGGCUUCAUCUUCACGGGCUUCAUCUUCACGGGCUUCAUCUUCACGGGCUUCAUCUUCACGGGCUUCAUCUUCACGGGCUUCUCCUUCACGGAAUUCUCCUUCACGGGCUUCAUCUUCACGGGCUUCGUCUUCAAGGGCAUCGUCAUCACGGGCGGUUACUGCCGCAGGUGA